UUUGGUGGGAGAGAGAGAGAGAGAGAGAGAGAGAGAGGGAGGGAGGGGGAGAGGGAGGGAGGGGGGACAUGAAGGCGCUGCGGCGAUCCAGCACCUCGUCCUCUCCGUCGUCGUCGUCCUCUUCGCCGACGGCCGCGUCCUCGCCGCCGUCCUCGUCGUGGAUCCACCUCCGGUCGCUGCUCGUCGCCGCAGCGUCGUCGUCGUCGGCUUCGGCUUCAUCUUCCUCGGCGGCGGCGGCGGGGAGCUCCGUGGCCCUGGUUCCUGCCUCGGCGGUUGCCGCCUCGUGGUCGUCCUCGCCCGCUCCCGCCCCAUCCUCGCCGCACUCGGAUCGGGGUGGAAUUAAGUCUCCUUGGUCUCGAAGGAAAAGAAAACGAGUACUUUCUCGUCAACAAUGGGAAGGUCUGUUUUCUGCUAAUGGGAAGCUUCGUGAUGGAGGAAAGAAGUUUCUGAAGAAAGUUCGCAGUGGGGGCAUUGAACCAGGAAUCAGAGCUGAAGUUUGGCCCUUCCUACUUGGAGUAUAUGAAUUAAAUAGCUCCGAAGAGGAAAGGAAUACCAUCAAGAUCAAGAAAAGGAAAGAGUACGAAAAGCUGAGGCGACAGUGCCAGCAAAUUCUGAAUUGCUACAAGGGAAAUGGGUUGAAAGUAAUAAAUGAAAAUAACGAGGAGUGUUCUGGUAUAGGGUGCAGUGCUGAAGGAUCAGAAUCACCUUGUUGCGAAGAUGUCAAUGUUGCAAGGGCUUCUGUGUCACUCGAGGAACUGAAGCCUGAAAACAGAGAACCUGAACAACCAGAUAACUCAAUGUGUGCUGCUAUAGAAUGUAUGGAAGAAGACACGGUUGAAUUAAAUUGUUUAGAUCCUUGCAUAGCAGAGUCAGAAUCUUCUGAUUCUGAAUCAUCUGAUGAUGAUGAUCCUGGAAGGAUAUCUAUGUCUGGUGAGGAAAAUUGUGAUCCAGAUCCUAAGUUUACCAGGAUUACUUCAUUCAAGGCAGACUUUUUUAAGUCUAGCAAAACUUCAGAGGAUUUUUCCAUGUGGCAGCGCAUUAUAAGAUUGGAUGCUAUCCGGGCAAACACAGAAUGGAUUUUGUUCUCUCGCAAUCAGGCUGAAAUAUCGAAAGAGAGAGCAUUGCAGUGUGCAGAAUCUGUCGGUUUAAGAGAUUAUGACCAUUUAGAUCCCUGUAUGAUUUAUCACGCUGCUCGGUUAGUGGGGCUUCUUGAAGCAUAUGCGGUUUAUGAUCCAGAAAUUGGUUAUUGUCAAGGUAUGAGUGAUCUUCUAUCUCCAAUAAUUGCAGUGAUGGAGGAGGACGAUGAAGCAUUUUGGUGCUUUGUGGGUUUCAUGAGGAAAGCUAGGCACAACUUCAGGCUUGAUGAGGUUGGAAUAAGAGGGCAAUUGAAGAUCGUCUCUCAGAUUAUCAAGCGAAAAGAUUCGCACCUAUACAAGCACCUGCAGAAGUUGCAAGCUGAGGACUGCUUCUUUGUGUACAGAAUGGUAGUGGUUCUCUUCAGGAGGGAGCUCACUUUUGAGCAGACCGUAUGCCUCUGGGAGGUUAUGUGGGCUGAUCAGGCGGCGAUUCGCGCUGGUAUUGGGAGAUCCACCUGGGCAAAGAUAAGGUUGCGCGCCCCGCCAACCGAUGACCUAUUGCUUUAUGCCAUUGCAGCCUGUGUCCUCCAGAGGAGGAAGCUGAUCAUUGAGAAGUAUAGUAGCAUGGAUGAGAUACUGCGAGAAUGCAAUAGCAUGGCUGGGCAACUGGAUGUCUGGAGGCUACUGGACGAUGCACACGACCUGGUUGUUAACUUCCACGACAAAAUCUGAUCUCAGGGAUGCAUUUCUCUUUGUUCUUGCGGUAGAACAAACAUUGACCUCGACAUUUUUUUGGGGGGGGUUUCUUUGCUGCUUGCUGGAAGUGUUAUGUUCCCAGUAGUUCGUACCGGCAUAGAACAUUAGAACCCACUUCUAAGUAUAGAGAUUGUUGUAACUUAAAAAGAGCGAGGACUCUUGAGUGUCCUUACAUACGAAAAUCAGGAACAUUGCUUGAUGUCACUGAGGCUCUGCAGACUACAUUGUUUAACCUGUUAUAGGCACGGACAGAUUUUUCAUUGAAAAGUAUAUCUGUGUAUGGUCUGUCAUAUUAUUUCCUCCAAUGAUUUAGGCUUUGUUUGGGAUGUGGGAAAAGCUUCUUUUUUAU